CCGGCACAAAAAUUGCUUUCCUUUAGGCUUCCGCCCUUUGCCUGCCCAUGUGUGAGAAGCAGGUUGCUGCGAUGAACGGGACUCCGGAGGGCCAUCUGGCUUUGAGCCAGCAGGAAAAACUAGUGGAUUUGACAAACAACCACCCCUUGAGUACCAGUGAAGAUGAGGGGGACAGUGAUGGAGAGAGAAAGCAUCAAAAGCUUCUGGAAUCAAUCAGUUCCCUUAAUGGAAAGAAUAGGUGGAAAUUGGCUGAGCGAUCUGAAGCUAGUUUGAAGGUGUCAGAGUUCAACGUCAGUUCUGAAGGUUCAGGAGAAAAGCUGAUCCUUUCAGAUCUGCUUGAACCUGCUAAAACUUCAUCCUCAUUGGCUGCUGUGAAAAAGCAACUGAAUAGAGUCAAAUCAAAGAAGACUUUGGAAUUACCCCUUAACAAAAAAGAGGUUGAACGGAUCCACAGAGAAGUAGCAUUCAGUAAAACCUCACAAACCCUCUCCAAAUGGGAUCCUAUUGUUCUAAAGAACCGGCAAGCAGAGCAGUUGGUUUUUCCAAUGGAGAAGGAGCCAUCAGCCUUUGCUCCCAUGGAGCAUGUGUUUGGUGGCUGGAAGGCAACAACCCUCCUGGAACAAGAAGUUUUUAAACUCCUCCACAAGAAUAAGCAGCCACUGACAGACCCUUUACUGACUCCUGUGGAAAAAGCUUCCUUCAAAGCCAUGAGCCUGGAAGAGGCUAAGAUACGCCGAGCAGAGCUUCAGAGGGCCCGAGCUCUGCAGUCCUACUAUGAGGCCAAGGCUCGAAGACAGAAGAAAAUCAAAAGUAAAAAAUAUCACAAAAUUGUAAAGAAAGGAAAGGCCAAGAAAGCCCUAAAAGAGUUUGAGCAGCUAAGGAAGGUCAAUCCAAGUGCUGCAUUAGAAGAACUGGAAAAAAUUGAAAAGGCCAGAAUGAUGGAGCGAAUGAGCCUUAAACACCAGAACAGUGGGAAAUGGGCCAAGUCAAAGGCAAUUAUGGCCAAAUACGACCUGGAGGCUCGCCAAGCUAUGCAAGAACAGUUGGCUAAGAACAAAGAACUGACACAGAAACUCCAGGUAGUUUCAGAGAGUGAGGAAGAGGAAGGAGGCACAGAAGAGGAAGAAUCCCUUGUCCCCGAUGUAGUGAAUGAAGUACAGAUGAAUGGGGAUGUACCAAAUCCCUGGAUGUUCAGGAGGUGCAAUGGUGAUGCAAAGGAGAGUGAAAUCCAGAUGGACCCUGAACAGCUGCCUGAGCCUGUGGCCCAUGAGUUUUCUGAAAGUGAGGAAGAUGAAAGACCAGAGGCAGAGGAAGAAAUUUUAUUGAAAGAAUUUGAGGAAAGGCGAUCCCUCAGAAAAAGAUCUGAGCUCAACCACAAUGCUGACCCAAUAGGCAGCCAAGAAACAAAAG